AUGAAUGCUUCGAGCGUUCUCGGAGUGAGUGGCUUCUUUGAUGGAGGCCGUUCCUCUGAAGGUUGCGGCGGCGGCUCGGUUCUCGAUCUGUACAUUCUUCCAACGCUCCUUUUUCAUUUUAGUCAUCAGGAUGGCUCCGCUUCUCCGAACGGUUUCUGGUGGUGCAGUGUUGCCUCGGAAGCCUUUCGUCUUCCGCCCUCGUGUGCAGUGGCCCAGGCUGAACUUCUUGCUGCAAAGCACCUCCUGAAAGGUGUGGCGGCGGUCCUUCAGGCGCUUGGCCUGUUUCGCCCCAUCUGCGUUAGGCUGUGA